AUGUCGGCCCAGAACUCGGCGGGCAUUCAGACCCUUCUCGACGCUGAGAGGGAAGCGUCCAAGAUUGUCCAGAAGGUCCGAACGAAGCGCGUCAGAGAGGCCCGCGACGAGGCCAAGAAGGAGAUUGCCGACUACAAGGCCCGCAAGGACGACGAGUUCAAGAAGUUUGAGUCAGAGCACAGCAGAGGCAACAAGGAGGCCGAGGACGAGGCAUCCAAGGAGGCCGACAAGGAGAUCAAGGCCAUCAAGGAGGCCGGGCAGAAGGGCCAGGCCGCCGUUGUCAAGAACCUCCUCGGCGCCGUCUUCGAGGUCAAGCCCGUGCCGCCGGAGAAGGCGUGA